UUCUUCACGGAAUACGGCCCUGACUACGUGCUGGAAAUCACUCCCAGUUGCCGGCCAGACAGGAAUGAGCCUCACCGUAUCCAAGAGAUCCUUAGCUGUGUGAAAGGACACCUGAAACAUGUGACUUAGUGGGAAAGAGGGCUCCCUUCUCCCCAGAGCCCCUCUGCCCCUGGGUGCAGCGGUCAAAGCAUCUGCAGAGAAACUGCACGGAAAUGCGAGUCCUUCAGCCUGCGGUCCGGGAGUGGUUUGUGCUGCUUGGAGCAACACGGUGUUAAAGCAACACCCCCACUCCCACCACCUCCAGUCCCCCAGCCUGGACUUCCAGCCUCGUCCCUUACAGAGGCAGCUCAUUCUGGAAGGAGUGGAAGGCCCUGGGCCUCUCGGACUGGCAGGAGCACAGCAAGAUGAGUCUCCCCUCCGUCGGCCUUUUUUUAAAAACAGCUGUUUGCCUUGAAAUAAAAUAAAAAAAACUGGAUGACUUUG